GCAAGCAAUGACAAAUUUCAUAUCCAUCUAUGCUGAGAAACAGGCCGAGACAGGUCAGACAGAGGAGACAGGGGACUCUCCACUGGUUCUCCAGUUCUGCGUUUUCUCCAGUUUACUCAGCUUGGUCUCUUCAGUCAUUUCCCAGAUCCACUGGGGGUGGGAGGGGAAUGAAAGGACUCUUCACUAAGGGAAGACCAUGAGAAGUGAGACCCCAAGACAGGGAGACCCCAAGGUUUGCCCUGGAGCCCCCAGGGGCUUCUCUGGGGAGCCCUAUCUUGCGUCAUGAGGUGCCCGCCCCUUGUAGGGCCAGGGCUCGGCGUGUCCUGCCCUCUAAGUCGCCUCCGUGGAAGCAGGAUUUCCGUGGUUGUGCAAUUACCCGCACGCGUAGAAAGCCCCCCCCACCCCCCUGCACCCCUCUUGUAGGUCUGCCGCGGCGGAGCCAUGGCGGCGGCGGGGAGCUGUGAGGCCCGCGGCCCGCUCUCAGCGCACACGCUCCUGUUCGACCUGCCGCCCGCGCUGCUGGGCGAGCUCUGUGCGGUGCUGGACAGCUGCGACGGCGCGCUGGGCUGGCGCGGCCUGGCAGAGAGACUACUAAGCAGUUGGCUGGAUGUUCGUCAUAUUGAAAAAUAUGUAGACCAAGGUAAAAGUGGAACAAGAGAACUGCUUUGGUCCUGGGCACAGAAAAAUAAGACCAUCGGUGACCUUUUACAGAUUCUCCAGGAGAUGGGACACCAUCGAGCUAUCCAUUUAAUCAUAAACCAUGGAGCAAUGUUGAAUCUUUCAGACCAGAUUCUUCAGGAAGAUAGAUUUCCAAACAGGCCAGCAAAGGAAACAGCCAAUGCUACAGUGGAUGAGGUUAUAAUGCCUGAACAUAAUGAGAAAGGAAUACUGCUUAAACCCUCCAUCAGCUUUCAAAAUAUCAUAGAGGGAACCCAAAACUUCCACAAAGACUUCUUAGUCGGAGAAGGGGAGAUUUUUCAGGUAUUCAGAGUGGUGCUCCAAAACCGAACAUAUGCCGUUAAACUAUUUAAACAGGAUAAAAAAAUGCAAUGUAAGAAACAAUGGAAGAGGUUCUUGUCUGAGCUUGAAGUUUUACUACUGUUUCAUCACCCCAACAUACUAGAGUUGGCCGCCUAUUGUAUAGAGACCGAGCAGUUAUGUCUGGUAUAUCCAUAUAUGAGAAACGGAUCACUUUUUGACAGACUGCAGUGUGUAGGUGACACCAUCCCACUCUCUUGGCACAUUCGAAUCAGUUUAUUAGUAGGAACAUGCAAAGCCAUCCAGUACUUGCAUAACAUCAAACCAUGUGCAGUUGUCUGUGGCAGUAUAUCAAGGGUUAUCGCUGGGGCUCGGUACAUGUACUACGAAUCCACUGCUCCUGGAGGCCAUUUUUUCCCAUUUUGUUUCUCUUGUUGUUGUCAUUGGAUAGGACAGAGAGAAAUCAAGAAAGGUGGGGAGACAGAUAGACACCUGCAGACCAGCUUCACUGCUUGCGAAGCGACCCACUGCAGUACGAACAUACUUUUGGAUGAUCAGUUCCAACCCAAACUAACGGACUUUGUCAUGGCACACUUCCAACCCCACUUGGAACAUCAGAGCACCACCAUCAGCUUGACCACCAGCAACAGUAAGCGUCUGUGGUACCUGCCAGAAGAGUACAUCAGACAGGGCAAGCUCUCCAUUAAAACUGAUAUCUACAGCUUUGGAAUUGUAAUCAUGGAAGUUCUGACGGGUUGUAAAGUGGUGUUAGAUGAUCCAAAGCAUAUCCAGCUGAGAGACCUCCUCAUGGAAUUGAUGGAGAGGAGAGGCCUUGACGCAUGCCUCUCAUUUCUAGAUAAGAAAGUGCAUCCCUGCCCUCGAAAUUUCUCUGCCAAACUAUUCUCUUUGGCAGGCCAAUGUGCUGCAACACGGGCGAAAGUAAGACCGUCAAUGGAUGAGGUCCAAACAACUCUUGAAAGUGCUCAAGUGAGUUUAUAUUUUGCUGAAGACCCUCCUACCUCACUAAAGUCCUUCCGAUGUCCUUCUCCUCUUUUCUUGGACAACAUACCAAGUAUUCCCAUGGAGGAUGAUGAAGAUCAGAAAAAUCAUGCACUAGCUCAAGAUAAUUAUUUAAGAAAAGACAGAAUGUCUCAGAAAACCCCCUUAGAAUGCAGCCAGUCCGAGGUCACCUUUCUGAGCUUUGACAGAAAGACGGGGAGCAAGAGAAAUGAGGACACUUGCAGUGUACCCAGUUCUUGCGAAGAAAGCGAGUUUUCAAAGCAAGCAGCUCCUCCCCAGAACUCCAGCGUCGAUCAUCUGAUUAUGGAUCCCACUGCAGAAACCCCAGACCAUUCUUACAGCAGUCGGCCAGAGACUAGCUGUUCUUCCGGGUUUCUCUGGAGUGAAUGUGAUCCAAGCAAAAAGGAAUCAAGUUCACAUGAAGAAAAAGGCAAGUGUUUUAGAGGCAACUGAGCACGGGUAUCAACUAGGGAAUAUACUGUCUCCAUAAGUAAUGUCAGGAGGGUGAUCAUGAUGAAUCUGGGGAAUGCAGAUCAAUAAUCCAGACAGUUCCACUCCUUCCUUCCUUCCUGGCUUUCCACAGCAGCAUUAAUAUAUUUUCUGUGAUGGGCAAGAUAGUAAGCAUAUGACCCAGACUCCAGCCCAGCUCUCACUCACAGCAGGAAGCUUGGAUGCUGUGUUAUAUUUCCCUUCCCCUCUGUCUCUACCUAUCUGAAAAAGUGACUCAGAAUGAUGACAUCACAGCUAAUGAUGCCCCCGCCAAUUAUUUUAUCAAGAUAGUUCCCUUAUGAUCAGACCUGGGCUAAAUAGAACUAUUUAGAAUUAUUUAAGAUCCUGGGUUCUGACUACAGACAACAUUUAAAAAAACCAGGUCUAGGAAGCUAGCAAAUGACUUUCAUGCCUAAGGCUUUGAGGCCCCAAGUUCAAAUCCCAGCACUAACCAAAACCAGAACUGAGCAGUACUCUGGGGGGAAAAAAUAAAAAGACUGGAUUUUAAUGUUUUCACCAUCUUCAUCAAUAUCAACAUUCAGUACCUCUUGUCAUUAAAUAGGAAUAGUAUGUAGCUCAGUUGGAUUCUUCCAUUAUUUGACUGGGCUUGCUUGGGACAGUUGUAAGAAAUGUCUAACUUGUAAAUAUUAAUAAAUCCUUUUUAAAAGUU